GUUGAAUUUGUGUGUUGUGAUGAACAUGACUUCAGUAAAUUUUAAUAGAUUUUCUAUGUAAACAAUGAUUUUAUAAGUUCAUAUAUCGACACUACUGAUUCUUUUCUAAGUCAAUCAUGAAAUUUGCUUACAGGUUUUCGAAUCUGCUUGGAACUGUUUAUAAAAAUGGUAACUUAAAUUUCACACCUGAUGGUAAUAGUGUCAUUAGUCCUGUUGGUAAUAGAUUAACUGUGUUCGAUCUUAAAAACAAUAAAUCUGAAACAUUACCAAUAGAAACUAAACAGAAUAUAUCAACUAUAGCUCUGUCACCUAAUGGCUGUUUAAUGAUAGCUGUUACAGAUGAUGGAGAAGCAAUGUUAUGUAGUCUAAUCAGUAAAACAGUUUUAGGUUCACAUCAUUUUCAUUGUCCAAUACAUUCUCUUAGGUUCAGUCCUGAUGGCAAAAAAUUUGCUGUAACAAGAGAAAAUAUGGUGGAUGUGUUUCAUUCACCAGGUGAAAAAAGAGAAUUCAAUCCUUUUACAUUGUAUAAAAAAUUUCAUGGUGCUUAUGAUGAAACAACAUGUCUGGAUUGGACCUCAGAUUCUAGUGCUUUCUGUGUGGGAUCUAAAGAUAUGAAUACUAGAGUAUAUGGUGCGGAAAGAUUCACUAAUCUCAUAGUAUUUGUAUUAGGUGGUCAUAAAGGUGCUAUCGUUGGUUCAUUCUUUUUAGCAAAUUCAUUAAACGUUAUCACUGUCAGUGAAGAUUCUAAAGCAGCAUUAUGGCAGUCUGAUACAGAGUUAUCUGAACUUGAUCUUGCCACUAUGGCAGAAACAGAUUUACCAAGAAAAAAGAAACAUGGUAAAAUGGAUAAGAAAGGUGUUGAUAUGGUCAAGUAUGAAAGAAGUGAAAGACACAAGUUACGCAGUGGCCCUGAUAAAUUAACCUGUGCCUGUUUUCAUAAAUCAACUUGUCUAUUAGUCACAGGCUACUCUGAUGGUUCUUUUCUUUUACAUGAGAUGCCUGGUUUUAAUCUCAUUCAUUCGUUAAGUAUAUCUGAACAGUCAAUAGUAUCUGUGAACAUUAAUCAAACUGGUGAUUGGAUAGGUGUAGCCUGUUCACAGUUAGGACAGCUAUUAGUAUGGGAAUGGCAGAGUGAAUCAUAUAUAAUGAAACAACAGGGUCAUUAUAAUAAUAUGAAUUGUUUAGAAUAUUCUCCAGAUGGACAGAAUAUAGCUACAGGUGGUGAUGAUUGUAAGGUUAAACUUUGGAAUGCUGCCAGUGGGUUCUGUUUUAUAACAUUUACUGAACAUCUAAGUGGUAUAACAGGAGUUAGAUUCAGUCAGAAUGGUCAAGUUGUUGUCUCUUGUUCAUUAGAUGGUACUGUUAGAGCUUUUGAUUUAAAUAGAUAUCGUAAUUUCCGAACAUUUACCUCACCCCGUCCUGUACAGUUCUCAUGUUUAGCUCUUGAUCAUAGUGGUGAAAUUGUAUGUGCCGGAGGACAGGAUUCAUUUGAAAUAUUUGUUUGGUCUAUGCAGACUGGCAGACUACUAGAGGUGUUAGCUGGUCAUGAAGGACCUAUUAGUUGUCUUAGUUUUAGUUCUGCUAGGGCUAUGUUAGCUAGUGGUUCCUGGGAUAAAACAGUCAAAAUAUGGGAUGUCUUUGAAAGCAAGGGAUCUAAAGAAACCUUUCACUUAUUGACAGAUGUUUUGGCCUUAACUUUCCGUCCUGAUGGUGAAGAAUUAGCUAUAUCAACAUUAAAUGGUCAAAUAUCAUUUUGGAAUCCUUAUAAUGCUGUACAAACUGGUUCAGUAGAAGGUCGUCAUGAUUUAGGUUAUAGUAGAAAAGAUACAGAUAAAGUUACUGCCAAAAAACUUUCUGAUAGCAAAUAUUUUAACACACUAUGUUAUACAGCUGAUGGUAAAUGUAUAUUAGCUGGUGGACAAUCUAAAAAUAUCUGUAUCUAUUCUGUCACUGAUCAGAUCUUGAUGAAGAAGUUUGAAAUCUCUUGUAAUUUAUCAUUUGAUGGUAUGGAGGAAUAUUUAGACAGAAGAAAGAUGACAGAAUGGGGUAGUUUAGCUCUAGUAGAUGAUGCUGAAGGGGAUGGUGUCAAAUUAAGUUUACCAGGUGUUAAAAAGGGAGAUAUGAGUUCUAGAAGUUUUAAACCGGAAGUGAGAGUAGCUUGUGUGAGAUUUUCACCAACAGGUAGAAGUUUUUCAGCAGCUACAACAGAAGGCUUACUUAUCUAUUCAUUAGAUCAUAAUCUGGUUUUUGAUCCUUUUGAAUUAGAACUUGAUAUUACACCAGUCAACAUACGUAAAACACUGCACAAUAAAGAUUUCUCCUCAGCUUUGAUGUUAAGUUUUAGACUAAAUGAACAGAAUCUCAUACAAGAAGUUCUAGAAAACAUUCCUGUUAAAGAUAUUGAUGUUAUAAGUCAGAAUCUACCUAAUACCUACAUAGAUAAAUUGUUAAACUUUCUAGCUACACAAAUAGAAUCUACUGCUCAUAUACAUUUCUAUCUACUCUGGUUACAAAAUCUAUUAAAAAUACAUGGUCCAAAGUUAAAACAACGUAGUCAACAACUAAUGGCCACAUUACGUACACUACAGAAAAAUGUCACUAGAAAAUAUGAAGACAUUAGUAAAAUAUGUGAUCAUAAUAAAUAUAAUUUGCAGUUCAUCAAAGUUUUAUCACAAACAACACAAAUUCCAGGAAAGAGGAAGCGAAAAUUGGCAGUAAAAGAUUCUGAUAAAGCGACCUCUGCUGGUAGUGAAGGUGAGGAUAGUGAAAUUGAUGAUAGUGAAAGUGACAAUGAAAAAGAUAUCAAUAUGGCACUUGAUGGUCAAUCAGAAUCAGAUAUGGAGACUUCUGAACUUUAUAUACCUUAACAUCAUAAAUGAAUUUAUAAAGAAAAUGAAUUUAAAAGAAA